AUGGCCCCGAGGCAAAGCAAGGUGCAGCCACUGGGUACACCGAGGCAGGGCACGCAGCAGCCACUCACGUUCAAUCACGCAUCACCGCAGCAGCACGAUGCUGCCUGGGCGCUCUGGGUGUACGCCUCUGGGCGGCCGUUCAGCAUCAUUGAAGACCGUGGCUUUAUCGAGGCCCUCCCGGAAGCACGAGCCUACAUACAAACCUCCCUCUCGGCGCCAGCUCUCUGGCCCGUUACUGGAUCAGGUAUAUAUGGAGGUGGAAGAGAGCGUCAACAAGCAACUCCGAUCCACCAGAUACCUGAAUUUGACCUCCGAUGA